AAAUCUCUUUAUAAAAUAUGUUCAUUCCCACUUAGGAAUUCAAUCAAACACAUAGAGAUCAUCAACAAGGAUCUCAAGAAAACUCCAAGAUAAAAUGGGUAUGGUUAUAAUCAUCUCUUUGCCUUUAAUUUUCUUUUGCUUAUUACUUGGACUUGGAUGUUACUUAUUGGGAAGAUAUAAAGGGAGGCAAGAAAUUCGUACCAAUCCUGAGAUUUACGGUGUACCAGCUCCGCCGUCUAGACCGGCAGCUUCUUUCCCGUCUCCUCCUCCACCACCACCGGCGGCGGCGCCACACAACAAGCCUGAUAGUUUGGCCUAUGCUUGACAGGUGUCCAAUACUAGAUUUUGUAAUUGGUUUUUCUUUUUCAGGGUUGCUUAACUAUAGGUGUGUAAUUUUGAGAUAUGUUUGUGAUGGUGUACAAAUUGGUGUGAAGUCCAAAUGGAUCAAUUUUAAUCUCUUUAUUAUUAAAAUAAUUAAAUAAGGCUAAAUUUUAAAUGCCAUUUUCAAA